GAGCCUUCGGGGUGAUGAGUAGUGACUUCCAUAGGACCGAGUCUGGGACUGAGCUCCCUGCCCAACUUGAAGGUAGAAGUUCCUUGAAAGAAAUAGAACCAAAUCUGUUUGCUGAUGAAGAUUCACCUGUGCAUGGUCAUAUUGUUGAAUUUCAUGGUCCAGAAGGAACAGGAAAAACAGAAAUGCUUUACCAUUUAACAGCACGAUGUAUACUUCCAAAGUCAGAAGGCGGGCUGGAAGUAGAAGUCUCAUUUAUUGACACAGAUCACCAUUUUGAUAUGCUUCGACUUGUCACAGUUCUUGAGCAUAGACUAUCUGAAAGCUCUGAAGAAGUCAUAAAAUGCUGCCUUGGAAGAUUUUUUUUGGCAUAUUGCAGUAGUAGCACACACUUACUUCUUACACUUUAUUCACUAGAAACCUUAUUUUGUAGUCAUCCCUCUCUCUGCCUUUUGAUUGUGGAUAGCCUAUCAGCCUUCUACUGGAUAGACCUGGUCAAUGGAGGAGAGAGCAUUAACUUACAGGAGUCUACUCUAAAGAAAUGUUCUCAAUUCUUAGAGAAACUUGUAAAUGAGUAUCGCUUGGUUCUUGUUGCAACAACACAAACUUUAAUGCAGAAAACCUCUAGCUCACCAGAAGAGCCUUCUGCCUUUAGACGCCCAUGUGAUGUGGAUGUAGACUAUAGACCCUACCUCUGUAAGGCAUGGCAGCAAGUGGUAAAGCACAGAAUAUUUUUCUCCAAACAAGAUGAUUCUAACAGCAGCAACCAAUUUUCAAUACUUUCACAUCGUUUAAAAAGUAACAAUUUAGAAAAACAUGUUUUUAUUAUUGGAGAGAGUGGGGUCAAGUUUUGUUGA